GAUCAUUUUAAGACAGAAAAUGUCUCGCCCCACUAUGCUGAAUUUUCCUUCAAUUUUGCAGUGAGAGCAACUCCAUCUUUCAUUGACAAUCUGAGAGUGGGAUCAUCAUCCGCCUGUAUCCGUACCUGAGACUGCAUACAGUCUAUGGAUACCUCGGCCCCUGAAUUCCGGGCCAAUGCGCAAAUACCGAUCGAUCUGUUUAUCUCCAAGAAACACCGCGUUCAUACACUCGGCCGCGCCGGCGGGGGAGAAGGUAUUAGGUUCACAGACGCCUCCGGCAAUCUCGUCUUCAGAGUCGAGCACCAGCUUCCAAAAUCGGAUCACACGCUACUCCUUGUUGAGGCCUCUGGAAAUCCCCUCAUUUACAUCCGCCGUAACCCCAAUGCAUCUUGGCAGGGCUUCAAGGGGGAUACUAGCAAAGAGGAGAUGAUAUUCAGAGCGGAAAGGACAGGUGAUUCAGUUAGUGAAACUGAGUUUGAGAUAUUCUCUGUUGGUGAAAAUGGUGAAGAGUCAAAAUCUGAUUUCAAGAUGAAAGGCUCCCCCUUCAACAGAUCCUGCACUAUUAAUAAGGGUGAUUCCAUUGUGGCUCAGACUAGCCUCAUGUACAAGCUUGGAAUCCAGAAGGUGCUGGUGCGGAGGAAUAGAUUUCGACUAACAAUAUUUCCUGGUUUCACCGAUCACGCCUUCGUCAUUGCAGCUCUGGUUGUAAUAUUUUUUCAUGGGAGGAAACUAUGGAUCUAGCAGCAGAAGAACUCGCACGCAGUCAAGCGUUGGUUUCCAUCUUCUGGUUGAGAUUGGUUAGAGUUGUAUGGCUUCGAAGAUCCCCACGAUAUAAUUGUUGCAGUCUGAUAUAAAUUGAGCAAUCUCUUGAAGUUUUCAAUCUGGGUUCGCAAAGUUGAGAAAGAUAAUGGCAAUCAAUGCUUUAGUGUAGUUUCUAUAAUGUCAAACAUUUAGCAAUUACUGUUGCAUUACGAAUCUUGUUUGACUUAAGACUAGUUGUUGCAUGUAUUUUAAGUCUUUAUAAUUUCUCUAAUGAUGAAAGUUUACUCUUCUUUUACUUA